AUGGGUCGUCAGAAAAAAAAGGAGAAGCUUGUCAAACAUCAAGAAAAGGUUAAAAGCUUUGUACAGCCAUGGCCAGAUCUCCCUCAACAGCUCCUCAAUAUUAUUGGAAGGCAAGAUUCUGAUAAACCUGAUCUAAUGCAAAACAUCAGUUUCCGUGGUGUUACUAAAAUAUGGAGAGCAGCACCUAAGCGAUGUAGUGCCAAUGCACGAUUACCAUGGCUUGAAAUUUCCGACAAAGAUUACUACCAGUCCAAGACUCAGAUUCAUAUUCUCAGCAUCUCGUUUCGACCAGUAUAUUGGUGGUACGAUAGAAAAUGGCAUGAUCGUUGGAACCAUUACCAUGGCUGUUCAUAUGGGUUGAUUGUCGGUGGUGGGAAGGAUCCUGCGAAGUACUGUCUCUUUAGUCCUGCUGCAAGAUCCUUUGACAGAUGUUGGAGUAUUCCCCCUUGGGAUGCCAGAAUAUCAUUCAAAUUUGCAACUCUGUCUUCACCUCCUUUCAACAAUUACAAGGGCUGUUCUGUGAUGGUGUUAACAGGUUGUUCCAAUCCAGCUUUCCUGGUUUCUCAUGUAGGAUACCAGAAUGAAUGGAUGAAACAAACAAGCAGUCUUGUCGAUCCAAAUUGUUCAAAAAGACAACUUAUGAUAUUUUCUAACGCCAUCGUCUUUGAAGGGAAGUUUUAUGCAUUGAGUUUGCAGGGUACUUUAGCAGUAAUUGAAGAAAUUGAAUCCAAGUUUCAAGUUACUAAAUUAAGCAGAAGCCGGGCUGUUCCAUCAGUUUCCUCAAAACACUUCACUGAGUAUAUUCUUGAAUCCAAUGGAGAGAUCUUGUUGAUUUUCUUGAUAUCAGAACAAUCAACUAAGAAAGUGGACAAAGUGGAAGUAUUCAAGCUACAGAUGGAUGAUCUAUCAUUGGUAAAGGUGGAUAAUCUUGGAAAUAGAACAUUGUUUGCAGGGGCUAAUAGUUGUAUGUCAGUUAAUGCAAGUCAACUGGGCUGCAGAAGCAACUGUGUCUAUUUUAAUGAGGAUGCGACUACUUGGCAGUUUUAUGAAAUGGAAAGUGCCAGUAUUUUGCCAUGUUUUGAUGACUAUGGUUCUGAAACAAAAAGUCCAGUAUGGGAAGAGCCAUUAGUGGAAAAUAAUUGCUUGUAA